AAUAAGUUAACAACAGUGCAACAGUGGGCAGAGGAAAAGCUUUUGCAAUUCAUUCAUUGGCUAAUGGCCUUUUAAAGAGACACUUCACCCAAAAUUCAAUCAUAAUUUUUCACCCCCCAUGUCAUUCAAAACUUGUAUUACUCUUUCCUCUGUGGAACACAAUAAUUUUUUUUGUUCUGCAGAAGAAAGUCAGACAGGUUUGGGAUGACAUUAACGUAGGUAAAUGAAAAAUAUAUUAAAGGGGUCAUAUGACACGGCUAAAACUAAUAUUAUCGUUUGUUUUAGAUGUCAUGCAAUGUGUAUACAUGAUUUAAAGCGAUUAUAAGCAACUUUUUGACCUUAAAUUAAUGUCUCUAAAAUAAUUUUUAAACAACUUUUAACUGAAGGAAUUGUACUGCUGUUGCUACCUAAGCAGCCUCCUAUCGACUGAAAUUGCACUUGUAACUUUGGUGUUCGGGCCGGUACAAGCUUUAGGGCAUACGUCACAUUUUACUCGUAGCAUUGGAGAAGUUAGCCAACAGCUAAUAAUAAGACGAAACGAUCUAGUUCAAGGUAAGUCUCCAAACCAUAAGCAUGGCAGAGCGAGCACAUGAAACAAAGAGGAAGAGAGAGUGAUCGGACACAAAUCAAUAUCUGACGGACUUACACUCAGCGACGCAAGAGGCGAAGGGUUUCAAAACGGAUGGAGACCUAACGUUAGCCCUCCUGCUACUGGUUUUAAAUGUCUUAUGUACAUUUUUUUCUUACGGUCCUGUACUUUUAAGCUUAUUAGUAAUUUGGCUGUUCUCUGGUUGUUUAAUGGCGCACUAACGUUACUGGUUCACAAUAUAUAACUGUAAAGCAGAUUAGAGAUAAUGUAAUGUUGCCGGGUCUCAAUAGCUUCUGUAGCAUGAUCGUGCCUCAUCACAAAUUUAGUGUCAGGCUUGUUAAUGAUGACUACCAAACCACAAUAAAUGUUUUAUGGUCAAAAGUUGCUGAUUCCUUAGUUCAUGCACAUAGACUAAUGUUAUCGGUAUCUAUAGUUACUUUGCUAGGCACUAUUCCAAUAGCAAGUGGAGUGUAAGUUCUUGAUUAAACCCAUUACACAAAGCACAACGCCUGGUCGCGAGUGUGUUUCUGAAAAUACUACAGAAAAUUAUUUGCAUUGGUUAGUAAACACAUUCACGUUGUGUUUUAGUGACUGCAAAUGUGUUAUGCUAAGUUGGCUAACGUUAGCAAGUUAGCUGCUAUGUAGCUAGCACCCUAUGCUCUAACAGCUAACAACCAACUGCUACCUCGGAAUCUAGUUUGAAAUAUUAGUAUAGCCCAGUAGUAUAACCCGCAGGAGCCAAAAGUGUGCUUAAGUGCAUGCACAGUUUAUGAAGAGACAUGAUGUAACGGCAGUUUCUGCAUAAUCAAAAAAUUCAUGUGUAUUGCGCUGCCCACAUGGAAGCUUAUACGGCGGCAAUAUUUUGACAUUUAUAACAGACAAUUGCGCUUAUCAACCAAAUGGGGGAAGCAUACACCAAAACUGCUCGUUGUUGCAUUAAGGUUCAAAACACUAAAUUUUCCACAUACAGUUCCUGUUUGUAACUCUUCUUUGCCCCACCUCUCUGAAACGAGCAGAUAUUUAUCAAAGCAUAUUGCUCUGAAAAGCGAUGUGUGCUAUGAUGGUCAAGUUAACCAGCGAGUAGCGAUUGGUUGAAUACUUCAACCGUGUGACGGAAAUGUGAGGCCUCUUACCAUCUAUGUAACUAGGGAUGGGCCGGUAUGAGAUUCUGACGGUGUGAUAACCUUGAGCAAAACUACCACGGUUUCAUGGUGUCACGGUAUUGCCAAUGCAUAUCUACAAUGUGUUGUUUUAAAAUAAAAACAAUGUUUUUCCACUGAACACCUGAAAAUCAUUAACAUAAAUAUUUGAGUUCUUCUUAAUUAAAUUUAAAAAAAAAGUCACUGAAGUGAUCCUGAACCUACAUAUCAACAAUUAAAACAAUUUCUUUAAAAAAGCAGUCUUUGAACCUGCAGCUGAACAAUGUUUUUGGAGACAUGUUUUCUUUCUACAUAUUUAUUUUUCUGUCCAAGUUAUAAUGCAGGAAUGUAAGCAUGUUCAGCUGGUUCAAACCAGUUCAUGUUGGGCUAGUUAAUUAGGCAUGUUAUUUGAGUCGGUAGAAAGCCAAAUAGUAUUUAUUCUGACUUUACUUCUUUUUAGAAGCUGCUAGCGUCUGUUUAACAUUAUAAUCCUGUGGAAUAAACGUCCUGAGCCCUUUUUAAACGUCAGCGUCUGCAUCUUUUUCUGCAGCUCAGAGUCUGUUAAGGUUAAAACAAGUUCAACUUUUCUGGAAAAACGCCCUUUUUCACAGCUAACCAAUGACAGAGACUUGUCGUUUCCAGAACAACAUGCAACAUGACGUGAUUGGUCGAGAAGGCCCAAGCUCGAAAAAUAAAAUGGCGACCGAAACGCCCGUUGGACCAUAGUUUUCUAUACAAAAAUAGUUACAUUUUCACUUUCAGCAACUAUUGAAUGCAUUUCUAGCGAGAAAAUAGUAUUCUAGUUUUUAAAUAUUUGAUUAGUUAUUGCAAAGACACUCUCUGCUGAUAAUUCAAAUAGACGUAUGCCUAUCUACAUUGUCUUUAAAAUGUAAAUGUAAUGUAAAUGUAUCGGUUUCUCUCGGCUGCCUUCAUGCAAAGACGCAGCUUCUGAAGUCAUGACGUUCAAGCUGCUAAUUGUAACGAAUAGCGUUUAAAUUGAACUGCGUCUUUUUCGACGGGGAAAUCCUGCACACACGUGACUCUCAAUCACUGACUGCUUGCACCUACCAGAGGGGGAGGGGCCAAGUGACUCGUUACGCUCUUCACCGCACACAACCGGAGAGAUUCCUGCACUUUCAUUUUUUGAGGACUAGUAAAAAAAAUGUGAAUACCGCAGGAACUAUAUAACAGGAAAUUUUGUGGUUUUGACACCGCAGAUUUUUUUAAACCUGGAAACAUUUGAGCGGUUUUAGUCAAAUCAUACCACAAACUGACUUGUGAUUGUGGGGGUGUGGUGUGAAGCGUUUCAGGCAGGUCUGGGGGUCAAGAAAGUGCUGGAAUUGUCACAAGUAAUGGAACAACCCCCCCGACAUACACCACCCUAAAGGGCAUGGGAUUAGUAAAUACAGCUUUUAAACCAGAUGAUUUACUGAAGCUCCGCAACGGCAACCUAGGGAUCGGACACACACGUUAUUCCACCACAGGGAUCUCAGAACUGCAGAACUGCCAGCCUUUCGUGGUAGACACCCUGCAUGGCAAGAUUGCAGUUGCACACAAUGGGGAACUGAUCAAUGCUUCAGCCUUACGCAAAAAGGUUAUGCGACAUGGUGUAGGCCUCUCCACCUGCUCAGAUAGUGAGCUUAUCACCCAGCUGCUUGCAUUGACUCCUCCCAUGGAGGAGCUGGAUACUCCUGAUUGGGUGGCUCGUAUUAAGAACCUGAUGAUGGAGACACCGACGUCAUACUCGCUGCUCGUGAUGUAUAAAGAUGUAAUCUAUGCUGUGAGAGACCCCUAUGGAAACAGACCUCUCUGUAUUGGAUGUCUAGUGCCCAUCUCCAAACUGCACAGCUCAGGUGCUGGAGAUACAGAGGGCUGGGUGGUCUCAUCGGAGUCCUGUAGCUUUCAGUCCAUUGGAGCAAAGUAUUACCGUGAAGUGCAGCCUGGAGAGAUAGUCCAGAUAUCUAAACAUGGAGUAAAGAGUCUAUGUAUUGUCCCACGCCCAGAGGGAGACAAUCCUGCUUUCUGCAUAUUUGAAUAUGUUUACUUCGCCAGGCCAGACUCCAUAUUUGAAGGACAGAUGGUGUAUACAGUGAGGCAGCGCUGUGGACAGCAGUUGGCCAUCGAGGCCCCCACCGAUGCUGAUGUAGUAAGCACUGUUCCAGAAUCAGCCACGCCUGCAGCAUUAGGAUAUGCACAAGUUUCCGGCCUUCCAUAUGUGGAGGUUCUGUGCAAGAACCGGUAUGUGGGCAGAACGUUCAUUCAACCAAACACUCGCCUGCGUCAGCUUGGAGUGGCCAAGAAGUUUGGGGCAUUGACUGACAACUUUGCUGGCAAACGUGUGGUGCUUGUCGACGACUCUAUUGUCAGGGGCAACACCAUCGCCCCUAUUAUUAAACUGCUGAAAGAAGCUGGCGCAACAGAGGUCCACAUUCGGGUUGCCUCGCCUCCGAUUCGGUAUCCGUGCUACAUGGGCAUCAACAUUCCAACCAAAGAGGAGCUUAUUGCUAACAAACCAGAGUUUGAGGAUAUAGCCGGUUACAUAGGUGCUACGAGUGUCCGUUAUCUAUCUGUUGAAGGCCUGGUGUCGGCUGUUCGAGGUGUGACCGAGUCACAGGAGAAAGAUGAUAGGAUCAGCUCCAACACUAAGACUAGUAGACUUGGCCACUGCACAGCAUGCCUCACAGGCAAAUAUCCAGUGGAACUCGAGUGGUGACCUAAGUGCCUUUAAAUAAAUUCUGUCUACAAUUAUUUGAGGUGGUUUAUUAAAUGAUGCUUUAUGACUGGAAUCAAAACCUAGAGGGAUAGUUCACCCCAAAAUACAAAUGUUCAUAAAUUCACCAUUGUCAUUCAUAACCUGCCUCUUUCUUCUGUGGAAAAAAUAUAUUUUGAGAAAUAUCUCUGUGGUUUUGUUUCCGUACAACGGAAGUCAAUGGGGGCCAAUGUUGUUUGGUUACCAAUGUUCAUCCAAUAUUUUUAUGUUCUGCAGAAAAAAGUCAAACAAGUUUGUAAUGACAUGAGGGUGAGUGAAAUAUUUUUUGGGGUGAACUAAGCUAUAAUGCUAGCUUAAUACAUGUUGAUUCGGUUGUAAAUGUAUAGCAUAUAUACAGCGAACCAUAAACUCAGUUUAAACUGAAAUAUUUUUUUGGAUUUUACUUUAAGGCUACAUACAUGAACAGCAAUUUUAAAAUGCUAGUUCGGAUCAGAAUAGUCAACACACUUAAGUCUUAUUAAAUGCAAGUACUGUUUUCUGAUUGUAUUUUGUUUGAAUAGUUAUAGCAGACAAAGAUGUAAAAGAUUGUCCUGCUUAUACGCACAAGAAUCAAAAACUGUAUGUGAAACAUGUUUAUUAAAAUUUUGUUUGAACAGUU